AUGUGUGGUAUCUUCGCGUGUCAUCAUCACCCCGAUGUGCAAAAAUUCAAGCUUACGGCCCUGCGCAUGGCCAAGGCUUUGCGCCACCGUGGUCCCGAUUGGAGUGGAAGCUGGAUGUCUGACAAGACCAUCCUCGCGCACGAGCGACUGUGUAUCGUCGGUGUUGACUCCGGUGCCCAGCCCCUUGUCAACGACGAUGGCUCCCUUGCCUUGGCCGUCAACGGCGAGAUCUAUAACCACCGUAUCCUCCGGAAGGGACUGAAGACCAAGUAUCAGUUCAAGACGCAUUCCGACUGUGAGGUCGUCAUUCCCUUGUACAUGGAACACGGACUCGAUGCUCCCAAGCACCUGGAUGGCAUGUUCUCCUGGGUUCUCUAUGACAAGAACCAGGACAAGGUUGUCGCCGCUCGUGAUCCCAUCGGUAUCACCAGCUUCUACAUUGGCUGGUCCUCUGAGACCCCCGGAGCCGUCUACUUCGCUUCCGAGCUGAAGUCUCUCCACCCGGUUUGCGACAAGAUCGAGGCUUUCCCUCCCGGCCACAUCUUCGACUCCAAGACCGGCUCUUUCACCCGCUACUUCCAGCCUACCUGGUGGGAUCCCGCCAACGUUCCCUCCGCCCCUGUCGACUACAAGGUCAUCCGCGCUUCCCUCGAGAAGUCUGUUCGCAAGCGUCUGAUGGCUGAGGUCCCCUAUGGUGUCUUGCUUUCCGGUGGUCUCGAUUCCAGCUUGGUCGCCUCCAUCGCUCAGCGGGAAACUCUGCGUAUGCAGGAGGCCGCCAGGGCUGCUCAGGCCCAGGGUGCUGAGCUGAACGAGUUGGUCGGCAUUGACGACUCCAACGAUCUGUCCACCGUCACCACCUUCCAGCAGCUGCACUCCUUCUCGAUUGGUCUGCCUGGUGCCCCCGAUACCGAGGCGGCCCUCAAGGUGGCCAAGUUCCUCGGAACCAAGCACCAUGCUUUCACUUUCACCGUUGAGGAUGGUCUCAACGCCCUCUCCGACGUCAUCUACCACCUGGAGACUUACGAUGUCACCACCAUCCGUGCUUCCACCCCCAUGUACCUGCUCAGCCGCAAGAUCAAGGCUAUGGGUGUCAAGAUGGUUCUCAGUGGUGAGGGUAGUGAUGAGAUCUUCGGUGGAUACCUUUACUUCCACGCUGCUCCCGACCGUGAGGAGUUCCACAAGGAGACUGUCCGCCGUGUCAAGAACCUGCACUUGGCGGAUUGCCUGAGAGCCAACAAGUCCACCUCUGCCUGGGGUCUGGAAGCCCGUGUUCCUUUCCUGGACAAGGAGUUCCUUGAGACUUGCAUGGGUGUUGACCCUGCCGAGAAGAUGAUCACCAAGGAGCGUAUUGAGAAGUACAUCCUGCGCAAGGCGUUCGACACCACCGACGAGCCCGACGUCAAGCCCUACCUGCCCGACAACAUUCUCUGGCGCCAGAAGGAGCAGUUCAGUGACGGUGUCGGCUACAGCUGGAUCGAUGCCCUCAAGGACCAGGCUGAGGCGCACGUCACCGACGAGAUGAUGAAGAACCCCAAGCCCGAGUGGGGUAGCGAUAUCCCCGACACCAAGGAAGCCUACUGGUACCGCACGAUGUUCGACGAACUUUUCCCAGCUUCUUGUGCCGGCACUGUUGAGCGUUGGGUACCGACCUGGUCGAAGCAGACCGACCCGAGUGGCAGAGCUAUUGCGACUCACAACGCCAAGUAUGAAAACGCCGUUUAA